AUGUUUCUCGCCACAAUUAAACUCUUCUCGUUCCUGAUCAAUCCAGAGUUCUGGGCCAGGACCGGCUUCUUCGUCGGCUACAUUAUCGCUUUCCUCCUCGUCUUGGAAGUUGUCCGUCUAGCCAGCACAGAUGCGAAUCGCAAAGAGGUUGAGAAACUUCUAGACGCGUAUGCUGCGUCGAGGAGUGACGUGCCUGUGAGAAGACGUCGAGAAGAGGCUGCACCAGUGAAGAAGGUGGUGCAGGUAUCCAUCGAUGAAUUGGAAGACAUGGAGAGGAGAAGUACAUACCGAAGAGAAGCGCAGACGCAGAACGACAUCUACAUCCGUAUCUCCACAUGCUACUUCUCAGUCCCACUCACACCCGCAAACCACCUCCUCUUCGAGUCCUACCCGCCGUCUUCGGAAACGCAGCGACACGCUCAACUCUUCCAGCAGCGCAGAGGCUAA